AUGGCGGACAAAACGAUGGAUGACAUCUUGUCUCUACUUUGCAGUCAUACCAAGUUAGAAAGAGACAAGGGACUACAAGUUUUAGAAGAAAAGUUAAAGGACACUUCAGAUUUUUCAUCUGAUUCUCAAAGAGUGACCGAUUUCCAAAAUUCGCUGGCUUCGUUGGUUGAUUCAACCGAUCGCGGCUGGGAAGCAAAGCAUGGAGGAUUGAUCGGAUCCAAGGUUCUUAUACGAAACAAUCUUGGGUCUGAUGACUUUACGGAGGCCCUUCGAAAACAAGCUUUACGUUUAAUGCACGAUGACGAAGCUCGAGUAAGGAUUGCUUCAGGUGAAACAUUAUUUUCUGUAGAUCGUAGACUUCACAAGGACACUGCAUAAUUUGUUCUCUUGUUCGCUGUCAAUUUGCUGCAAUUUGAUUGCCAGCAAAAGAGCAAUAAAACAUCAUUCUAACAUUUGAAAUAUAAAAAAUGAUGAUCAGUUGUAAAAUUAUUCAUCCUCUGGUCUUAAUCCAGAAUACCACAUCUUUAAAGUUUGAAAAAAUUAAUUCUGUUGUUUGUAACAGUGCCAUAGUAAAAAUGUGGAGUUAAAACUCCCUCUCCAGGGUAAUCAUUUUGCUUGUCUUGCAAUCAAUAGGAAACUUAAGGUAACAAGAAUCAUAUUGUAACAUUUCUUCUUUUCCAAUUAUGAGAACAAAAUGUCAGCAAAUAUUUUAGAAAUAAAAAAAAAUCGGUGGUUGAAAUUUUUUUACUAUUUUAAAGGUUCUUUUUUAAAUUUACAGGUGAAACGCUUGGUGCCCUUUGUACAAGGAAAGGACCAGACAUUUAUGUAGCUUGCCGGGAAGAAAUUUUGAAAAGCGUCAGUGAUAAUCUCGAAAGAAAGUUGCCUGACUCUGAGGAGUUGACUGGAGGACUGAUGCAUAAGUUGACUGGUGGAGAAAAUGAUACAUCACAAGAAACUGUAAGAAUUCAAAGGCUUAGGAUGUUAGUGAUAGAUUUGUCAUCAGUUGCUCUCUCUACCUCUCUAUAUAUAUGUUGUCUCAGUAGUUAAUUUUUUAUUUCAGUUAAUUUUUAUUUUUCCAUUGUUAUGUUUUUGGGCAUGGUAAUGUAUGCUAACGAAUUUAAAACAAAAGAAAAACAAAAAUUAACUGGAAGAUAGUAGUUUACUUUUCUCUUCAAGCGUGGGCAAGAGAGUCACUAUUUAAGGGGUUGCCUGGAAUAAAGCCAUAAUUGCCUUACCGGUAUAAUAGAUUCUCAGAUUUCUUUUGUAUGCUUGGUAUUUGAGUAAGAAUUAUAAUAAUAUUGUCAAUGUUUAGAUGGAGAGGGGGCUAUGGGCUCUGGUGUGGCAUUUGAACACUCCCUUUGUCCCCUCUCUGGGGAUGUUGAUUACAAAUUUUGCCCCAAACUGUGGUUUUGAUAACCCCACAAAAGUAUAUUUUAUCAAAUUUAAACUAUUUUCCAGUCCCAAAGGCUGGAAAGUUCACCAAAAAAAUGCAGACAUUGAUACCUGCAUAACCCUAUGUAAACUUACAAAAUUAUGGCGCAUGGGAUUUUGUGUUUUGGAGAUGCUUAAUCCAUCUUUCCAUAAUUCAGCAAGAAUUAAUUUAAAUUAUAGGUUUAAUUAUUACUAAUUCAUCCAAUGACCUGUUUCUUUUAAACUGAAGAUGUCAGGGCACAAAAGGACGCUUUAGAAAACCUAAUUAUCAAGAAGGAUUCUAUGGUCAACUUUAUAAGUAAUGAUCCAGGAUAAACAUGUCAAAAAUCCAAGAUUUCAUUAUCUCCAAAUCCUAAAAAUUUUAUAAAUUAUUAGGAUUUGGACAAAACGCACAUGAAAUUAUUCCCAAAUUUCACUCGUCACCAUUUGAUUACACAUACUAAUUCAUCCCAUGACCUGUUUCUAAACUGUGAUUAUGUAUGUCAUUAAUACUUUCAUUAUCUAUAGCACAAGAGAGCUGAUGCAGCUCAGAUUUUCCACGAUACGGCGGGCUGGAAGCACCUUGAGACAAGUAUGAGGUAAAUUGUAGUCAGAAACAUUGUAGGCAUAUAAAUACAGGUAUCCCUAAAACUACCAUUUAUCAACCAUUUCCGGUGUUCUCCCUAAGUUUUAGCUCAGUAGGUAAGGGACCAUUCAUGGCUGGUAAGGCAUAGAAUAUGUGGCAGGGGAGCACUUUUCUUGGGGGAGGGGGGUAGUGGAGCAAGGGAAAUGGCUUCAGCCUUGCUGUGAAAUUUAGGAGCUAAGUUCUCUGAAACGUCAUCCCCUCAUUUUAAGACCUAUUUUACAUAAAUCAGCCAUUGCUAUCUUUGGACAACAACAUUUUGAUUCCAAUAAUUUUACUUAUUUUAAUUAUACUUAUUUUAAUUAUACUUUUAAGUAUACACUUCCAUAUAUUCAUUCAUUACCUUGAUCUGAUCAGAUCACAACUUGCGUAUUUUUUAAAACAACUUAUUCAAGUUUACUUAACCUUCAAGCGGUUGUAGAUUGUAAGUAGUGUUGCCUCAGAUGGUAAAUUUUAUCGGUUACCACCUGAUAAGGAUAACACUGACUCUCAAUAACUGCAAUUCAAAGUAGACAGACUGCAAAUUAUCUUAGUUGCUAAAAAAUAUAUAUCUACGUGUCGCAACUGUUCAUCAGUAGGAUGCCUAAAAUGCGUGCAAUUCGACAAUUGGUUUCGGCUCCAUUAAAUCCUAUACUAAUUGCAGAACAUUUUAGGAGGAGCCACCCACCAUGUGAGCAAAGUCACGGACAAUGUAUAAGUGAGGAAAAUCAUGCAAAGUAAAAUUAAGAUGUUAAUAAACGAACUAAAUGUACACGUCAAUUAAAUAAAUAAACAAAUAAUGUGCACGCUCAAAAUAAAAUUGUACGCGCACACGUAACGAGAUAUUACUGAAAUACAACACUAUGCAAUAAAUAAGUAAUGUAAGGAUACGAUGGCACAAUUCAAGCCUGGAUUGCUAAUCUCAUCUCCCUCAGGCAGUGUUCUCCUUAUCAGGCAGUAACCGGUAAAAUUUACCGCCUGAAGCAACACGUCUUACUGCCUGCAACCACUUGAAGGUCUACUAAAAUUGAGUAAAUUGUUUUAAAAAAUAUGCAAGUUGUGAUCCGAUCCAAUUCUCACAAGGAAAUGAAUGAAUAUAUGGAAAAGUACUAAAGUAUACACAGCUUUUCUUUUUAUGGGCCAUGCAUUUUGGAAAGGGAACAUUGAAGACAGAGUAAAAUUAUUGGAAUCAAACGUUUUUAGAUUGUUGUCUUAAGAUAACAAUGUCCAAUUUGCAUAAAAUAGGUCUUAAAAUGAGGGAGUGACAUUUCAGAGAACUUAGCUCCUAAAUUUCCCAGCUAGGGUGGGGCCAUGUCCCCUCACUCUACAAACCCCUCCCCCCAACUUCCUCCCCCCCCUAAGAAAGUGCACCUCCAGCACAUACUUUUUGCCUUACUGGCCAUGAAUGAUACCUUACCUGCUAAGCUAAAAUUUAGGGAGAACACUGCUCAGGGCUGCACCAUACUUCUCGACGAUAAGACCAUGGCGACUGAAUAAUUUAUUAAAUGAUUUCUGAAGUAGAUUGGUUUCAAAGCCUUGCUGUCUGAGUCGUAAUGAAAGUCCACGGAGUCUUAUUGAUGAAGUCAACUUUGGACGUGCAAAUUCUAGCAUAUCUCACCAGUUGAGAUAUAUAAACACCGUAAGCUGGAUUGGCGGGAAUGUUGCUGUCCAUAUGAGGAAAGUUGACAAUCCGAAAUGCAAAGUCCUCUUUCUUAUCAUAGAUGCUGAUACGGAAAGGUGUGUUGUCGCCAGUCUUGAUUUUAGUGUCGAGAUAACACACUUCAGUAGAUGAUGUGGAAGUGUCCUUAAGUUCCAAUUCCGACGGGUAAAUUGUGCUGAUGUAAUUUCCAAAGUCCACAUUGUUAGCACUGACUUGUCACUAAGAUACUCUUAAUGCUCAAAUUAGCACCCACAACACCUGUGUCAAAAGACACUUAUUUGAAGAAAGCAAUAAUUCAUUCUUCAGAGUUUUAGCCUGGAGGUGGCACUUGUCUUUGUUUUAAAUGAACAAAAACUGGCAUUUAAGGCACUUUAUGCUCUUCACUGAUUUUGUUUUGCAGAUGUCUGCAAUCUGUUAUAGAGGGAUGUGGCAAAGCCUUUAAUGAGCACAUCACUCAGAAUCUGCUAGACCUGAUCUUUCAAGCCCUAAAUCACACAAAUAGAUUUGUAAGAGAAACUGGCUACCAGCUUUGUGGAUCUUUGGUGCGGCUGGGAAGACCAGAAGGUACUAAUAAUCCUUUUUUUCAUUUUGUUCUGUUUUUACCAGCAGUUAUUCUUGCUCUCAAAACCAAUUCAUACAGUUGAAUAAAUAUGCAAAAACCCUUGGGAAGCUAUCCAAUUACAGGCAGAAUGGCAUCAUUAGGAAGGUGAUUCAAAUGGGGGUUUUUCAACGUGGCCAUUACAUAAAGAUGAGGUUUCAAGUCCAUUGUUUACAGGUAGCUCUUUGAAACUUCUUGAAUUUGAGGGAGAAAUUUCAUCUCUCCAUCGCAAUUUCCGUUUUUCUACUUGAAGUCCAUUUUACGUAACCAAGAGACCAUCAUAAGCCUCACGAUUACUUGCUCUUCCAUCUCUGUUUUCCACGCAAAUUUUUGAAAGAGAGAACCUCAAAGUGCCAAAAAAACUUGAAAAAAAUUAAUUCGCCAAGUAAACUAGUUUGACAAGUUUCCACUUCUGACUAAUCAGCAACAGUGUUUCUGAAAGCAUGCAAAAAGUGGACUCAUGUCAGUGUGUCAUCCAUUCUAGUUAUGUAAGCGAGCACAUUUUAUACUCGCCCUACUCAGUGGCGGAUCCAGGGGAGGGGCCCAGGGGGCCUGCCCCCCCUGCCUCUUUAUUUUUUUGGACCAAACUGAGGCCCAAAGGGGCGGGAUAAUUUUUUGGGGGAGACUGCCCCACCCCCUCCCCCCCACACCCCACCAGGUCUGGAUCCGGCACUGCUACUGGCUCGCCAAAAUAGAGCAUGACUUGUAAAAAUGUCCUACAAUACUGCACACUAAACUGUCUAAUAAGAUAUAUAUAUAUAUCCUGACAAUUCACUCUGCAAAACAAAAGGGAAUCAGUAAUAUUAUUGGAGUAUUUUAUAAUGUCAGCUAGAUUAGCCCUGUGGCCUGAACUUAACCUUCUUGGUCUCAGUCAAUUUCAGGGUGUUCAUUAGACAUCAGAGAUUAGAGAAUUCUCCAUUAACAAUGCAGAAUUCUCCGACUAAUGUUCGGUAGCUUAUGACUAGUUUUUAUCCAGAUGUGGAGUCUCUUUCAAAAUAUUCUCCUGUAGUGUUACACCUUUCUUCUGCUACGAGGAUUCUUAGUGAAAACCAUGCAAUCCACUAAACUUCUUGUUAUAACUUCUUGUUUCUUGUUAUAUUUUAUUAUUUUCAGACAAAUUGUCAGGAGCUACCCUGUCACCAUCAGUGAAUGUGGAAAAUAAUGCUAUCCUAAAGCACGGGGAGCAGUUUGCAGACUAUCUGAAAAAAGGAUUGUCAGAUAACUGGAGCCAGGUGAGGUUUUUGUGUUAUGUUAACCUUUACAAAAUUAAUUUCACCAAGAUCACUAAGUUACCCAGUAGUUGUAUAUAAUACAAUGCAAAGACAUAGAGGAUAUUACAUGGCCGCGUGCAGAUACGAAAUUUCUCUUCGAGUCUUGACAAAUAUUUCAUGAGUGAGUGCAGCAAACGAGUGAAGAGAAAUUUUGUAUCUCCAAGGGACCAUGUAAUGUUCUAUUAAUUUUAUUAUAUAAACACCAAUGAAAUGCUGAACCAUUUUACUUAAAUAGCUUUUUGGUCUGAAAGGUGCAGUUUAUUAUGAAGCCAUAGCAAUGGUGAUAUUUUCACAUGAGAGGACAUGUUAUUUUCACAUGUGAAGAUAUCAAGUUUUCACGGGAAAGCUCACUUGGUAUUUCAUUGGUGUUUAUAAAAUAAAUUGCAUUUACAUGUAACAAUAGAAAAAUAGUUGUUCACCUUGCUCAUUUUCUUCCAGUCUUCUUUUAUACUUGAAAAAACAUCUCUUACUGCUCAAUCUUAUCCUCACUUAAGUCCUUUCUUAUUCUAAGGCUAAAAAUUAGUUAUAUUGUGCUGUGACAUUGUGUAAAGUUAAGAUUAUGUGAAAGAAAGCCUUAACAAGCCCUUAAACUCUCUGAUCUAAUGUCAAAUUCUUCCUCUGUUUUAAGAGAAUUUACAGCAGAAAGGGGAUAGGGAAUCUGCCAGUUUAUCUUGUUGUGUUAACAUGUUUCUUCUCGCACAGGUUCGUCUUGCAGCAUCAGUGGCCACACGUCAGUUUUUACAAACUUUACCAAACAGUGAAUCAAGGGAAAGAUUUUAUCCUAAAAUCUUGCCAGCAAUGUGUCUUAACAGGUUGGAUAUUACAUAGUUUAAUUUAUAGGAGAUCUUACACUUAAAAGUACAUGUACAGUGUAAAGUGGUAAAGCAAAUUAAAGUGCUGCUGUGGAUGAGUAUUUGAACUUUUUUCUUCACACAAAACAUUAAUGCCAUCACUGUCUUUACUGUAUCGUCAUCAGUCACUUGUUGACUGUCUGCCUAAAAACUGUCCCUGUACUGUUAGCUUACUAACAUAAUCAAAUGGUAUACUCGUGAAAUUAGAGAAAAAUUUCACUUGCAUUUCGACAAAACGUGUGUGAAAUUAUUCCCUAAUUUCGCUUGUCACCAUUUGAUAUGUGAUACAUCAACAUACCGACUUACAUGUAUGAUUAUAUGCUAAAACAGUGUCAUGCUGAUAUUUGACAAGCUGUGAUGCCAACUGACUAGACAAUGACAUAGUUCUUGUGUAUGAAUAAGUUUGGAGGUAGAUGUGGUCAAUGUUUUAGCAUAAAAUUAUACAUGUAUUACAUGGUCACACUUUUCAGAUACUAUGUGGCUGAAGGUGUAAGAAUCUACUGUCAACAAAGUUGGAAAAUGGUUGUUGGAACAGAAGGAAAGCAGCUAGUGGAGAAGUACAUCACUGAAAUUGUAAGUUUGCAUCUAUUGUGUGGGCUACUGCUGUGAAAAGGUAUCUUGCCAAAUUAUUAUUGUAGUAACAAGAUAGGAUCUGUGGGAGCUUUCAGGAAUCACACUUCAUUGUCAGCAAACCUAUUUUGUGGUGCCAAAAGCCAUUUCAGUUUACUAUAUUUUAGAUGUCUGGAUGCAUGUAAAUUCACUCUUCUCUGGAAGAAAUGAUAAGGAAAGUCAUUCCAAAAAAAUGAAAUGAUGUAAGGAAAGUCAUUCCAAGAAAAUGAAAUGAUAUAAGGAAAAAUAUUCCAAAAAAAUGAGUGCAUUCCUAUUUCAGUGGUAAAACAUGCCAAGCCAAGGGCAGAGAAAAUGUGGUGGAGUAUGUGGGUGGAAUAUUUAAUAAUGUCAAGGAUAAGGUGCAGAGUUUGAAUUAUGUAUUAGUUACAGUGGAUACAUAGCUAUGCCCUUAUGAAAACAUAAUAACAUAAUUAUUUCUGUCGUUGUUGGCUAGGUGGAGUUUUACAUCAGUCAAACCAAGGCCGAUAACCAUGCUGUAAGAGAAGCCGCUUGUGCUUGUAUUGCAGAACUAGGAACUAAGGUCAGUUUUUUUACCCUUAAAUUGCCUUACAAUUGCCAAAAGGUUAAUACACUUGCCAGAGAAAACACCUUUUCAAAAUUUGAAUUUAUUUUUCUUGUUGUUGAUGAUGAUGUAAUUAAAUUCAAGUUUAUUAAACUAUUGUCUACUUAAUGUUAGCACAGCAACAACUCUUUCAGUAGUAUUUCCAUGACAUCUACCUUGUUACCUUUUGUUCCCCUUCUUCCCCUGUUCCCGAUCCUGUUCUUCCUCUCUUCCCAUGUUCCCCCUGUUCUGCUGUUCCCCUUGCCCCCUUGUUUUUCCUGUUCCCCCUUUUGCCCUUGUUCUCCCUAUUUCCCUUGUUCCCCUGUCUUCCCCCCCCCUGUUCCCAUUGUUUCCCCUGCUCCCCUUGUUCCCCUGUUCACCUAUGUUCCUCCUGUUCCCCUUGUCUUCCCUGUUCCCCAUGUCACCCUUGUCCUCCCUGUUCCCCUUGUUCCGCCUCUUCCCCUGUGUUUCUCUUCUUCCCCCUGUUCGCCUUGUUCCCGUUUCCCUUUUUCUCCUGUUCCCCCUGUUUCCCUGUGUUCCCGUGUUCUCCCUCUGUUCCCCUGUUUCCCUGUUCCCCUUGUUCCCAUGUUCCCCUGUCCCCCUGUGUUCCCCUGUUCCCCUGUGUUCCUCCUUGUUCCACCUAUUUCCCUUGUUUUCCCUUCUCCCCUUGACCCCUUGUCCCCCCUUGUUACCUCUCUUCCCCCUUGUUACCCCUGUUCCCCUGUUACCCCUCGUUACCCGUUACCUCUGUUACCCUUGUUACCCUUGUUACCCCUUGUUACCCUUGUUACCCUUGUUACCCCUUGUUACCCCUUUACCCUUGUUACCCCUUGUUACCCUUGUUACCCUUGUCACCCUUGUUACCCUUGUUACCCUUGUUUUACCCUUGUUACCCUUUGUUUGUUACCCUUGUUACCAUUUGUUACCCUUGUUACCCUUGUUACCCUUGUUACCCUUGUUACCCCUUGUUACCCUAUCUUACCCUUGUUACCCUUUGUUACCCUAUGAUACCUCUUGUUACCCUCUGUUACCCUUGUUACCCUUUGUUACCCUAUGUUACCCUUGUUACCCCUUGUUACCCUAUGUUACCCUAUGUUACCCUUGUUACCCCUUGUUACCCUUGUUACCCUUUGUUACCCUUUGUUACCCCUUGUUCCCCCUUGUUACCCUUGUUACCCUUGUUACCCUUGUUACCCCUUGUUACCCUUGUUACCCUUGUUACCCUUGUUACCCUUGUUACCCCUUGUUACCCUUGUUACCCUUGUUACCCUUGUUACCCUUUGUUACCCUUGUUACCCUUGUUACCCUUGUUACCCUUGUUACCCCUUGUUACCCUUGUUACCCUUGUUACCCUUGUUACCCUUGUUACCCUUGUUACCCCUUGUUACCCUUGUUACCCUUGUUAACCUUGUUACCCUUGUUACCCUUGUUACCCUUGUUACCCUUGUUACCCUUGUUACCCUUGUUACCCUUGUUACCCUUGUUACCCUUGUUACCCCUUGUUACCCCUUGUUACCCUUGUUACCCCUUGUUACCCCUUGUUACCCUUGUUACCCCUUGUUACCCUUGUUACCCUUGUUACCCUUGUUACCCUUGUUACCCCUUGUUACCCCUUGUUACCCUUGUUACCCCUUGUUACCCCUUGUUACCCUUGUUACCCCUUGUUACCCUUGUUACCCUUGUUACCCCUUGUUACCCCUUGUUACCCUUGUUACCCUUGUUACCCUUGUUACCCUUGUUACCCUUGUUACCCUUGUUACCCUUGUUACCCUUGUUACCCCUUGUUACCCUUGUUACCCUUGUUACCCUUGUUACCCUUGUUACCCUUGUUACCCUUGUUACCCUUGUUACCCCUUGUUACCCUUGUUACCCUUUUUACCCUUGUUACCCUUGUUACCCUUGUUACCCUUGUUACCCUUGUUACCCUUGUUACCCUUGUUACCCUUUGUUACCCUUGUUACCCUUGUUACCCUUGUUACCCCUUGUUACCCUUUGUUAUCCUUGUUACCCCUUGUUACCCUUGUUACCCUUGUUACCCUUGUUACCCUUGUUACCCUUAUUAUCCUUGUUACCCUUGAUACCCCUUGUUACCCUUGUUACCCCUUGAUACCCCCUGUUACCCUUGUUACCCUUGUUACCCCUUGUUACCCUUGUUACCAUUGUUACCCCUUGUUACCCUUGUUACCCUUGUUACCCUUGUUACCCCUUGUUACCCUUUUGUUACCCUUGUUACCCUUGUUACCCUUUGUUACCCUUGUUACCCUUGUUACCCCUUGUUACCCUUGUUACCCUUGUUACCCUUGUUACCCUUUUACCCUUUGUUACCCUUGUUACCCUUGUUACCCUUGUUACCCUUGUUACCCUUGUUACCCUUGUUACCCUUGUUACCCUUGUUACCCCUUGUUACCCUUGUUACCCUUGUUACCCCUUGUUACCCUUGUUACCCUUGUUACCCCUUGUUACCCUUGUUACCCUUGUUACCCUUGUUGCCCUUGUUACCCUUGUUACCCUUGUUACCCCUGUUACCCUUGUUACCCUUGUUACCUUGUUACCCUUGUUACCCCUUGUUACCCUUGUUACCCUUGUUACCCCUUGUUACCCUUGUUACCCUUGUUACCCUUGUUACCCUUGUUACCCUUGUUACCCUUGUUUACCCUUGUUACCCUUGUUACCCUUGUUACCCUUGUUACCCUUGUUACCCCUGUUACCCUUGUUACCCUUGUUACCCUUGUUACCCUUGUUACCCUUGUUACCCUGUUACCCUUGUUACCCUUGUUACCCCUGUUACCCUUGUUACCCUUGUUACCCUUGUUACCCUUGUUACCCUUGUUACCCUGUUACCCUUGUUACCCCUUGUUACCCUUGUUACCCUUGUUACCCUUGUUACCCUUGUUACCCUUGUUACCCUUGUUACCCUUGUUACCCUUGUUACCCUUGUUACCCUUGUUACCCUUGUUACCCUUGUUACCCCUUGUUACCCUUGUUACCCUUGUUACCCUUGUUACCCCUUGUUACCCUUGUUACCCUUGUUACCCUUGUUACCCCUUGUUACCCCUUGUUACCCUUGUUACCCUUGUUACCCCUUGUUACCCCCUUGUUACCCUUGUUACCCUUGUUACCCUUUGUUACCCUUGUUACCCUUGUUACCCCUUGUUACCCUUGUUACCCUUGUUACCCUUGUUACCCUUGUUACCCUUGUUACCCCUGUUACCCUUGUUACCCUUGUUACCCCUUGUUACCCUUGUUACCCCUUGUUACCCCUUGUUACCCUUGUUACCCUUGUUACCCUUGUUACCCUUGUUACCCUUGUUACCCUUGUUACCCUUGUUACCCCUUGUUACCCUUGUUACCCUUGUUACCCUUGUUACCCUUGUUACCCUUGUUACCCUUGUUACCCCUUGUUACCCUUGUUACCCUUGUUACCCUUGUUACCCCUUGUUACCCUUGUUACCCUUGUUACCCUUGUUACCCCUUGUUACCCUUGUUACCCUUGUUACCCUUGUUACCCUUGUUACCCUUGUUACCCCUUGUUACCCUUGUUACCCUUGUUACCCUUGUUACCCUUGUUACCCUUGUUACCCCUUGUUACCCUUGUUACCCCUUGUUACCCAUGUUACCCCUUGUUACCCUUGUUACCCCUGUUACCCUUGUUACCCCUUGUUACCCUUGUUACCCUUGUUACCCUUGUUACCCUUGUUACCCCUGUUACCCUUGUUAUUACCCCUUGUUACCCCUGUUACCCUUGUUACCCCUUGUUACCCUUGUUACCCUUGUUACCCUUGUUACCCCUUGUUACCCUUGUUACCCCUGUUACCCUUGUUACCCCUUGUUACCCUUGUUACCCUUGUUACCCUUGUUACCCUUGUUACCCUUUGUUACCCUUUGUUACCCCUUGUUACCCCUUGUUACCCUUUUUGUUACCCUUGUUACCCCUUGUUACCCUUGUUACCCCUUUGUUACCCCUUUUUACCCUUGUUACCCUUGUUACCCCUUGUUACCCUUGUUACCCUUGUUACCCUUGUUACCCUUGUUACCCUUGUUACCCUUGUUACCCUUGUUACCCUUGUUACCCUUGUUACCCUUGUUACCCCUUGUUACCCUUGUUACCCUUGUUACCCUUGUUACCCUUGUUACCCUUGUUACCCCUUGUUACCCUUGUUUACCCUUUUGUUACCCUUGUUACCCCUGUUACCCUUGUUACCCUUGUUACCCUUGUUACCCUUGUUACCCUUGUUACCCUUGUUACCCCUUGUUACCCUUGUUACCCCUUGUUACCCUUGUUACCCUUGUUUACCCUUGUUACCCUUGUUACCCUUGUUACCCUUGUUACCCCUGUUACCCUUGUUACCCUUGUUACCCUUUUGUUACCCUUGUUACCCUUGUUACCCCUUUUGUUACCCUUGUUACCCUUGUUACCCUUUUUUUACCCUUGUUACCCUUUGUUACCCUUGUUACCCUUGUUACCCCUUGUUACCCCUGUUACCUUGUUACCCUUUGUUACCCUUGUUACCCCUUGUUACCCUUGUUACCCUUGUUACCCUUGUUACCCCUUUUUUCCCCUUGUUACCCUUGUUACCCUUGUUACCCCUGUUACCCUUGUUACCCUUGUUACCCUUGUUACCCCUUGUUACCCUUGUUACCCUUGUUACCCUUGUUACCCUUGUUACCCUUGUUACCCCUUGUUACCCUUGUUACCCUUGUUACCCUUGUUACCCCUUGUUACCCUUUGUUACCCCUUGUUACCCUUUGUUACCCUUGUUACCCUUGUUACCCUUUGUUACCCCUUGUUACCCCUUGUUACCCUUGUUACCCUUGUUACCCUUGUUACCCUUGUUACCCCUUGUUACCCUUGUUACCCUUGUUACCCUUGUUACCCCUUGUUACCCUUGUUACCCCUUACCCUUGUUACCCCUUGUUACCCUUGUUACCCUUGUUACCCCUUGUUACCCCUUGUUACCCUUUUGUUACCCUUGUUACCCUUGUUACCCCUUGUUACCCUUGUUACCCUUGUUACCCCUUGUUACCCCUUGUUACCCUUGUUACCCUUGUUACCCUUUGUUACCCUUGUUACCCUUGUUACCCUUUUUUACCCUUGUUACCCUUGUUACCCUUGUUACCCUUUGUUACCCUUGUUACCCUUGUUUCCCUUGUUACCCUUGUUUCCCUUGUUACCCUUGUUACCCCUUGUUACCCUUGUUACCCCUUGUUACCCCUUGUUACCCUUGUUACCCUUUUUACCCUUGUUACCUCUUGUUACUCCUUGUUACCCUUGUUAUUUCUGUUACCCUUGUUACCCCUGUUACCCUUGUUACCCUUGUUACCCUUGUUACCCCUUGUUACCCCUUGUUACCCCUGUUACCCUUGUUACCCCUGUUACCCCUUGUUACCCUUGUUACCCUUGUUACCCUUGUUACCCCUGUUACCCCUUGUUACCCCUUGUUACCCUUGUUACCCUUGUUACCCUUGUUACCCCUGUUACCCUUGUUACCCUUGUUACCCCUGUUACCCCUGUUACCCUUGUUACCCUUGUUACCCUUGUUACCCUUGUUACCCUUGUUACCCUUGUUACCCUUGUUACCCCUUGUUACCCCUUGUUACCCUUUUGUUACCCUUGUUACCCUUGUUACCCUUGUUACCCUUGUUACCCUUGUUACCCCUUGUUACCCUUGUUACCCUUGUUACCCCUUGUUACCCUUGUUACCCUUGUUACCCUUGUUUCCCCUUGUUACCCUUGUUACCCUUGUUACCCCUGUUACCCUUGUUACCCUUGUUACCCCUUGUUACCCCUUGUUACCCCUUGUUACCCUUGUUACCCUUGUUACCCCUGUUACCCUUGUUACCCUUGUUACCCCUGUUACCCUUGUUACCCCUUGUUACCCUUGUUACCCCUUGUUACCCUUGUUACCCUUGUUACCCCUUGUUACCCUUGUUACCCCUUGUUACCCUUGUUACCCCUGUUACCCCUUGUUACCCUUGUUACCCCUUGUUACCCUUGUUACCCUUGUUACCCCUGUUACCCUUGUUACCCUUGUUACCCCUUGUUACCCUUGUUACCCCUGUUACCCUUGUUACCCUUGUUACCCUUGUUACCCCUUGUUACCCUUGUUACCCUUGUUACCCUUGUUACCCCUUGUGUCCCUUGUUACCCUUGUUACCCUUGUUACCCCUUGUUACCCAUGUUACCCUUGUUACCCUUGUUACCCCUGUUACCCUUGUUACCCCUUGUUACCCUUGUUACCCUUGUUACCCCUUGUUACCCUUGUUACCCCUUGUUACCCUUGUUACCCCUUGUUACUGUUACCCUUGUUACCCUUGUUACCCUUGUUACCCUUGUUACCCCUUUUUACCCUUGUUACCCUUUUGUUACCCUGUUGUUACCUUGUUACCCCUUGUUACCCUUUGUUACCCUUUGUUACCCCUGUUACCCUUUGUUACCCUUUUGUUACCCUUGUUACCCCUUGUUACCCUUGUUACCCUUUUGUUAUUGCCUUGUUACCCUUUUUCCCUUUGUUACCCUUGUUACCCUUGUUACCCUUGUUACCCCUUGUUACCCUUGUUACCCCUUUUGUUACCCUUGUUACCCUUGUUACCCCUUGUUACCCUUGUUACCCUUUUUUACCCUUGUUACCCUUGUUACCCCUUUUACCCUUGUUACCCUUGUUACCCUUGUUACCCUUGUUACCCCUUGUUACCCUUGUUACCCCUUGUUACCCUUGUUACCCUUGUUACCCCUUGUUACCCUUGUUACCCUUGUUACCCUUGUUACCCCUUGUUACCCUUGUUACCCCUUGUUACCCUUGUUACCCUUGUUACCCCUUGUUACCCUUGUUACCCUUGUUACCCUUGUUACCCUUGUUACCCCUUGUUACCCUUGUUACCCUUGUUACCCUUGUUACCCCUUGUUACCCUUGUUACCCUUGUUGUUACCCCUGUUACCCCUUUGUUACCCCCUGUUACCCUUGUUGCCCUUGUUACCCUUGUUACCCCUUGUUACCCUUGUUACCCUUUGUUACCCUUGUUACCCUUGUUGCCCUUGUUACCCUUGUUUACCCUUGUUACCCUUGUUACCCUUGUUACCCCUUUACCCUUGUUACCCUUUGUUACCCUUGUUACCCCUGUUGCCCCUUGUUACCCUUGUUACCCUUGUUACCCCUUGUUACCCUUUGUUACCCUUUGUUACCCUUUACCCUUUGUUACCCUUGUUACCCUUGUUACCCUUGUUACCCUUGUUACCCUUGUUACCCUUGUUAUUUUGUUACCCUUGUUGCCCCUUGUUACCCUUGUUACCCUUGUUACCCUGUUACCCUACCCCUUUGUUUACCCCUGUUACCCUUGUUGUUACCCCUUGUUACCCUUGUUACCCCUUCUUACCCCUUGUUACCCUUGUUACCCCUUGUUACCCUUUUUACCCCUUGGUACCCUUGUUACCCCGUGUUACCCUUGUUACCCUUGUUACCCCUUGCUACCCUUGUUACCCCUUGUUACCCUUGUUACCCUUGUUACUUCCUGUUACCCCAUGUUACCCCUUGUUACCCCUGGUUACCCUUGUUACCUUUUGUUACCCUUGUUACCUCUUGUUACCCCUUGUUACCCUUUGUUACCCUUGUUACUCCUUGUUACCCUUGUUACCCUUGUUACCCCUUGUUACCCCUUGUUACCCCUUGUUACCCUUGUUACCCUUGUUACCCUUGUUACCCUUGUUACCCUUGUUACCCCCUUGUUACCCUUGUUACCCUUGUUGCCCUUUGUUACCCCUUUGUUACCCUUGUUACCCUUUUGUUACCCCUUGUUACCCUUGUUACCCUUGUUACCCUUUGUUACCCCUUCUUACCCUUGUUACCCCUUGUUACCCCUUGUUACCCUUGUUACCCCUUGUUACCCUUGUUACCCCUUGUUACCCUUGUUACCCCUUGUUACCCCUUGUUACCCUUGUUACCCCUUGUUACCCUUGUUACCCUUUGUUACCCUUGUUACCCUUGUUACCCCUUGUUACCUUUUUACCCUUGUUACCCCUUGUUACCCUUGUUACCCCUUGUUACCCUUUUUACCCUUUUGUUACCCUUUGUUACCCUUGUUACCCCUGUUACCCUUUUUGUUACCCCCUUUGUUACCCUUGUUACCCUUGUUACCCCUGUUACCCUUGUUACCCUUGUUACCCUUUUUGUUACCCUUACCCCUUGUUACCCUUGUUACCCCUUGUUACCCUUGUUACCCCUUGUUACCCCUUUGUUACCCUUGUUACCCCUUUGUUACCCUUGUUACCCCUUUGUUACCCUUGUUACCCCUGUUACCCUUGUUACCCCUGUUACCCUUUGUUACCCUUUGUUACCCCAUGUUACCCCUUGUUACCCUUGUUACCCUUGUUACCCUUGUUACCCUUGUUACCCUUGUUACCCUUGUUACCCUUGUUACCCUUUUUUACCCUUGUUACCCCCAGUUACCCUUGUUACCCCUUGUUAACCCCUUGUUACCCCUUGUUGCCCUUGUUACCCUUGUUACCCUUUGUUACCCCUGUUACCCUUGUUGCCCUUGUUACCCUUGUUACCCUUGUUACCUUUGUUAACCCUUGUUACCCUUGUUACCCUUGUUACCCUUGUUACCCUUGUUACCCUUUUUGCCCUUGUUUACUCCUUGUUACCCUUUGUUACCCUUGUUACCCUUGUUACCCUUGUUACCCUUGUUACCCUUGUUACCCUUGUUACCCCUUGUUACCCUUGUUACCCCUUGUUACCCUUUACCCCUUGUUACCCUUGUUACCCCUUGUUACCCUUUUUUACCCUUGUUGCCCUUGUUACCCUUGUUACCCUUGUUACCCCUUUACCCCUUGUUACCCAUUGUUACCCCUUGUUGCCCCUUGUUACCCUUUGUUACCCUUGUUAGCCUUGUUACCCUUUGUUUCCCUUGUUACCCUAUGUUACCCCUUGUUACCCUUGUUACCCUUUGUUACCCUUGUUACACCUUGUUACCCUUUGUUACCCUUGUUACCCCUUGUUACCCUUUGUUACCCUUGUUACCCUUGUUACCCUUUGUUACCCUUGUUACCCCUUGUUACCCCUUGUUACCCUUGGUUAUUCUUUGUUACCCUCUUUACCCCUUUUAACCCUUUGUUACCCUUGUUACCCUUGUUACCCUUUGUUACCCCUUGUUACCCCUUGUUACUCUUGGUUACCCUUGUUACCCUUGUUACCCUUGUUACCCUUUGUUACCCCUUGUUACCCUUGUUACCCUUGUUACCCUUGUUACCCUUGUUACCCCUUGUUACCCUUGUUACCCUUGUUACCCCUUGUUACCCCUUGUUACCCUUUUUACCCCUUGUUACCCUUGUUACCCUUGUUACCCUUGUUGCCCCUUGUUACCCUUGUUACCCCUUGUUACCCUUGUUACCCUUUGUUACCCUUGUUACCCUUGUUACCCCUUGUUACCCUUUGUUGUUACCCUUGUUACCCUUGUUACCCUUGUUACCCUUGUUACCCUUUGUUACCCUUGUUACCCUUGUUACCCCUUGUUACCCUUGUUACCCUUUGUUACCCCUUUUUACCCUGUUACCCUUUGUUACCCUUGUUACCAUUGUUACCCCUUGUUACCCUUGUUACGCCUUGUUAUUCUCGUUACCCUUGUUACCUGUUUUUACCCCUUGUUACCCUUGUUAUUCUUGUUAACCCUUUUUACCCUUCUUAUUCCUUGUUACCCUUGUUACCAUCUGUUACCCAUUCUUACCCUUGUUAUCCCUUGUUACCCUUGUUACCCGUUGUUGCCCUUGUUACUUCUUGUUACCCCUUGUUAACCCUUGUUACCCCCUGUUACCCCUUGUUACCCUUGUAAUCUCUUCUUACCCUUGUUACCCCUUGUUACCCCUUGUUACCCUUGUUACCCGUUGUUAGUCUUUUCACCUUUUGUUACCCUGGUUACCCCUUGUUACCCCUUGUUCCCCUUUUUACGCUUUGUUACCCUUUUUACCCCUUUUUACCCUUUGUUACCCUUGUUACCUCUUGUUACCCCUUGUUGCCCUUGUUAUACCUUGUUACCCCUUUUUACCCUUGUUACUCUUGUUACCCCUUGUUACCCCUUGUUACCCUUGUUACCCUUGUUACCCUUGUUACCCCUUGUUACCCCUUGUUACCCUUGUUACCCUUGUUACCCUUGUUACCCCUUGUUACCCCUUGUUACCCCUUGUUACCCUUGUUACCCUUGUUACCCCUUGUUACCCUUGUUACCCUUGUUCCCCCUUGUUACCCUUGUUACCCCUUGUUACCCUUGUUACCCUUGUUACCCUUUGUUACCCCUUGUUACCCCUUGUUGUUGUUACCCCUGUUAACCCCUUGUUACCCCUUGUUACCCCCUUGUUACCCUUGUUACCCUUGUUACCCUUGUUACCCUUUUUGUUACCCUUGUUACCCUUGUUACCCUUUUGUUACCCUUACCCUUGUUACCCUUGUUACCCUGUUACCCUUUUUUACCCUUGUUACCCUGUUACCCCUGUUACCCUUGUUACCCUUACCCCUGUUACCCUUGUUACCCUUGUUACCCCUGUUACCCUUGUUACCCUUGUUACCCUGUUACCCUUGUUACCCUUGUUACCCCUGUUACCCUUGUUACCCUUGUUACCCCUUGUUACCCCUGUUACCCUUGUUACCCUUGUUACCCCUGUUACCCCUGUUACCCUUGUUACCCUGUUACCCCUGUUACCCUUGUUACCCUUGUUACCCUUGUUACCCCUGUUACCCUUGUUACCCCUUGUUACCUCUUGUUACCCUUGUUACCCUUGUUACCCUUGUUACCCCUUGUUACCCUUGUUACCCUUGUUACCCCUUGUUACCCCUUGUUACCCUUGUUACCCUUGUUACCCUUGUUACCCCUUGUUACCCCUUGUUACCCUUGUUUCCCUUGUUACCCUUGUUACCCCUUCUUACCCCUUGUUACCCUUGUUACCCCUUGUUACCCUUUUUACCCUUGUUACCUCUUGUUACCCCUUGUUACCCUUGUUGCCCUUGUUACCCCUUGUUAUCCGUGUUACCUUUUCUACCUUUACCUCUUUCUCUUGUUACCUUUUUUCUUUUUUGUUUUUUUACCUGGUUGCUUUUUACUUUAUUUUUUUUUCCUCUGGUUUUCUUGUACCCUUUUUCUUUUGUUAGGAAUAUUUCCUCGUUGCUUUUUUUUCCUUUUUACCAAGUCCAUGUACAUGUCAGUACUUAAACCAUUGUCGCAUUAUAAAAAUACCAAAGUUGCUGGUGAUUUUAACUUGUAGUGGCCCAUGCUUUACUGUUCUUCUAAUUUGUUUUAUGUUACAUGACAUUGUGUAGGUUGAUCCAGACUGUUUGCGGUCACAUGUGUCUGAUCUUUUGCAUGCCCUUGUGUGUUGUUUUAAAGAUGACAGCUGGCCAGUUAGAGAUGGUGAGUUGUUCCCUUGUUUCCCUGUUCCCCUUGUUCCCUUUAUUCCCCUUGUUGCCCUCUUGCCCUGUUUUCCUUGUGCUCUUGUUGCCCUGGUUCUCUGUUGCCCUGUUCCCCAUUCUCUUGUUCCCCUGGUUGCCCUUUUCCUCUGUUCGCCUUGUUCCCUUGUUCCCCUUGUUGCCCUGUUCCCUUGUUCCCCUUGUUCCCUUGUUGCCCUGUUCCCCUUGUUGUCCUGUUCCUCUGUUCCUCUGUUCCUCUGUUCCUCUGUUCCUCUGUUCCCCUGUUUCCCUUGUUCCCCUGUUCUCCUGUUCCCCUUGUUCCCCUGUUCUCCCGUUCCCUUUGUUUCUCUAAUUGCUAUGUUCCCUUGUUCCCCUGUGCUCCUGUUCCUCUAUUUGCUAUGUUCCCUUGCUCCCCUUUUCUCCUGUUCCCUUUGUUCCUCUAAUUGCUAUGUUCCCUUGUCCCCCCUUCCCCUGUUCCCUUUGUCUUGUUUUUCCCCUGUUCCUCUUGUUCCCCUGUUCCCCUUGUUCUCCUUGUUCCCAUAAUUCCUAUUUUUCCCUGUUCCCCUUUAUAGUAAUUGCCAAUACAUAGUACAAAGAUUGCCACUUUUCACCAAUACACUGUAAGGUUUAACAUGCUUGCAUGUGCAAAAUUAUGUUAACUUUCCUUUCAGCUGCAUGUGUGGCCUGUGGAAAUUUUGUCCUUUGUUUCCCUGAGGAAUGCAGGUAGGUUUCAGAAAGUGGGUAACAGGGGUAGUGUUUGGAGUAUUUAUUCCAUCUCUUUAUUUAUUGCAGAAGGGAUGGAAACAAUACCCAAGUCUGCUGAAGACUGUAGCACACAGUCAAGCAAUGCAUUAUUAUAUUAUAUAUAUAUAUAUAUAUAUUAUUAUUAUAUAUAUUAUUAUUAUAUUAUAUAUAUAUAUAUAUAUAUUUUAUUUCUGUUCUGACUAGAUGAGUCUUUUAAGUAAAUGCCUGACAUGGCACUGGUGUCCAUGGCACUGGUGUGUCAGGAGAUUUCAUGGGGUCAUACAUGAACUACUGACCUAUAAUAGUGUGACUUCAUUUUGGGUUUUACAAUCAAACUUGAUUGUCUCAUAACGAGUCCAAUGGUCCACUAUUGGUCGAGAGGCAUGCAAAACCAUAUACUUACAUGUAUUGGUAGUUUCUGCUUUUAGCUUUUCUUUUCUUUUCUUUUUUAACAUUACUUGACAAUUAUUGGAUGAGGCAGAGUAUCAUUUGAAGAAUAAUAGAGAUUGAGGACUGUUCUGUAGAAUGGAUGUCAUUUUUCACAUAUCACAAACUUCUUCCAAAAAUUGGGUCAACAGUAGCUGGUUGUAACGAAUCAUCCGUUAGAUUUUAACCAAUCAGGAACAGAGAAAUAUUUUAUUGACAUAGCUUUUUUCCUCUCUAUAUGAAUAUACUUAUUGUAUGGGUAUCUCUCAGUUAUUUUGAAUCUGCAAACAAAAUGCCAUUGGAAUGAAACCUAUUUAGCAGCCUUUUUGCAUAGUACAAUUUAUUUCUAAGGAAAAAGGGUUAGAGAAUUGUGGUUUGCAUUAUAAGUUACAGUACUGUUGUAAAGCAAUAAGAGCAUUAAGAUUUUAAGGUCUAAUUGCCCUGCUGAUUGUUAACUGCUUGUUUUUGAUAGAAAAUCCCUUAUAAACUAAGUACCAGGGUCAUUAAAAACUUUAUUUUUAGUUUGUUCUAUUUUUGCCGUCUGUUUUCAGUCCCAGCAUGGAUGAACUAUAUCCACUGUUUUUUGGAAACUUGUCAGACGGUAUUCCAUCCGUACGACAGGGAGCUGCGAUGUCGCUUGGGAACGUUGUUAAAGCUUAUGGUAUGUUACAUGUUUGUUCACUAUUAUACCAGUCGAACCUCCUGUAAGUGACUACCAAAAAUGCAAAGACUCACUGAUCACUAAGUGAUCAGUGAGUCUUAUAGGAGGUGGUCACUCACUAGAAUCAAACCACAGGGGGCCUCUUCCAGGCUCAUCUUCUUUAUGGAAGAUAAUUCAUUGCAUGGGAUUUCCAAGUUACACCAUUAAUUUGUAGUUCCAUCUUGUCUUUAAAGUUCUUCAAAGACAUAUAUUCUAAUCUAGGUAGCAUGGUGCGCACAGCAAACAUAGAGAUCAGCGAACAAGUGAAGUAGUUGCUUACAAGAGGUUAAAAACAAUUGGAAAAUCAUGAAACUUUCAAGUCUAAAAAGUGGUCGCAGUCUCUGACUGGGAAAGUUUUGGUUUUUUGUACGGGUGAUCGCUUAUGGGAGGUGGUAGCUUACAAGAGGUGAUCGCCAGUGGAGUUUCGACUGUAAUUUAAGAGAGUGCUGGAGGAGCCUUAACUAGGUUCUGGUAGUCCUUGUGGAUGCCUUGUUCCAAUAAUAUUUUGUUCCAAUAAUAUUACUAUUACUUUCAGGCGAAAGUGCUCUAGCCAUUGUGCUAAAGAAAAUAACAGAUGGUCUGCAAGGAGUUGAUAAACAGGAAGCCACAACAGAAAAGUAGGUUUUUGGAAAAAAAUAUACUUUUAAUUAGCCAAUUAACAUACACACAGUUUCUAUAGCUGGGCUGUAUUUGAGUGAUUUUACGUUAUUUCACAUUUUUGUUGAAAUAGCAGUAAUUUAUUAUGUUGUGUAUUAUUUAAGGCAUACUUUCAAGCCCUUGCUGCUAGAAUCUUUGUGUAUUUUCAUAGCAUCAUCUUUUUUGCCCUUUCAACAGGUAUGCAGGGAUAGAAAAGGGUCCUGCAACAUUUGGAGUGAUAAAGAGACUUAGAGACAAUGAUAUGGAGCUACAUACAGACAGACAGGUGUGGUAUCAUGACUUGAAUCUUUUACUCACUGGAAUUAUCAUCAUGUGUAAAAGAUGUAAAAGAAGCUCUAACUGGAGUCUGUGAAUAAAACCAUAUGGUAUGACUAUUAAAAUGAAAGCUACUGAGCAGUACUUUCCUGUGGUACUGUUUAUUAUGCUGUACAAGGUGGUUCUAACUUUUGAGUCUGUGGAUGAAAUCCUAUGGUGUGACCAUUCAAAUGAAAGCUACUGAGCAGUACUUUCCUGUGGUACUGUUUAUUAUACUGUACAAAGUGGUUCUAACUUUUGAGUCUGUGGAUAAAAUCCUAUGGUGUGACCAUUCAAAUAAAACCUUUUUUGGCUGAACUUUCAGAUGGUACUGUUGUUUUUCAGCAUUUUAUGAAAACUUCAGGAGUUCUCACAGAGUUCACUUAUUCGAAGUAUACUGAUAAAGAAGUUGUGCUAUGUUAAAGUACUGGAUAUUAAGAGGUUCCAUUUGGAUAGUCAGAUCACUGGAUAUGAUGUAAUCAAAGACUCUAACUUACACUCUGCAUCAUAUCGGUUUUACAGUUCAUAUGAUGUUCCUUUUCCUCCAUGAAGAAUUUUAACUUUCACCUUUUUCCCUUAAGAUGUACUCGUGUGGCUCCCUGGCCCCUAAAAUGAGAAGAGGUGGUGGAUGUGCGGACCAUCUCUUUAGAAGACCAGCUGAAUCAUGGGAGAAAGCCGAUGGGUAAGAUGAACUUUACUCUGUAUUUUGUAGUUAAAUCUGUUGUCAUGUGAAACUAGUAUGCUACCCAGUUUGAUACAGAAUUUCUUUUUUCCUUACACCUUCUAAACUCAUUAAUAAUUCAUAUAGAAAAUACUAUGAGUAUUUGGAAAUCAGAUGAAAAACCGCUCAUUUUUGCAUCCUUAAUUUCUCAUUCUAAAAUCAUUUUGUUUGAGAAGUAAUAUCAAGCAUUCGACAUAGUGUUUCAUCACCAGAUGAAACACGCCAAAGUUCGUCAAAAAUACUCUGCUGCAUGUCAUAUUUUCAACUCUCUUCUGAGGCUUUCAUCUGGUGAUGAGACACUGCGUCUCAUGUUAAUAUCUUAAUAUGUCUUAAAAUACCCAAUAUUCACUAACAUACAAAAUUUUCCAAAUUGAUCUCCACAACUUUCCUUAAUGAAUUUUUAGACAGGAGAACUUGUUAUAAGAUAUCAAAGCAAUUCUAUUAGAUGUUCAUCUUAGUUAUUCUUAUAACUUCUUUCUUUAUUAUAAAUGGAUUGAUACUAUUAGGAAAAAAUUGAUGUUGAUUACUUUAAUUUGGACUUCAAGGAGUUAAAAUCAUUCACCUGAGAAUGCUUUACAUCUAGUGGACAGGUGAGCUUGUUUAACCCUUUAAGUCCCAAUAGUGACCAACACUAAUUUUCUCCUAACAAUAUCCAUAUGUAGUCAAGAGAUAAGGCUAUGAGAAGUAAUAAAAUGAUCACCAAAAAGAAAAUGCUUUGAUCUUUUGUUUAAUUCUCUCAACUAAUUAUUAAAGGAAAUGCAUAGAGAUAAGUUUGGAGAAUUUGUAUGUGGAUACUGGGGCUUUUAAAAAGGGUCAAUAAGAUAUGAGAUCAGCAUGAGCUCACUGUGUAUGGUAUAAUGAUGUUUAUUGAUAUUUUUUCUUAUCAGUUGUGUGGACUUACUCGCAGAACUAUCAGCCAACCCCAAGACUCACAAAGAAGUCAUCAAGUUAAUCCCACUCGUGUCACAGGCUGCCCACCACAAACAUUAUACACAGCAUCUCCAUCUUUUGGAAACUGUUUGUACUCAGGUAAAUAUUUAAUAGUAUUUAUUACUAUAACAAAUAACCUCCAAACCUUCAGAUACUUGAACUUUCCAUAUUUUCCCUUUCAACGUAGAUUUUAUAACUAGGCUAUUGCACUUUGUGUACAGCUUGCUGCAUUGUUAUAAACUCGUAGGUGUUCGGGCCUUUUCUGAUAAUGUUUGGACUAUGAAAUAAUGCAGUGCUCAACAGAAUAAGAACUACCACUUUCUAUCAAGUUUUUCAUUUUGUUGACGACAGAGAAGUCAAAGAAAGUUUGUAUGUUUUUUAGUAAUAAAUUAUACUAUAACGCAUAUUUGGUUAUAUACAUAUGCGAAUUUGCACAUUAUAAGUAAUAAAAUUAUUAAAAUUAUUAUUAUUAAAUGCUAAAAUAAUGUUUUUCAUUUGUCAGUUGCCCGUCAUUGCCAAAGGCAUUGGAAAAAAUCAGUUUAAAAGAUACCUUGAGCUCUUUAUUGAUACAAUAUUCUACAGCCUGGUAAGAUUCAUUUCAUCUUUUAUUUUUUUAUUAUUAUUUUAUUGCUGGGCUGCCUGUGCGGCCCAGUUAUAAAUUCGGUUUUCGGUCGUCGGUGCAGAAAAACGGCCUCCCGGGGGAGGGAAGACACAAAGGUCUGGUACCGAGAAACGAUGUAACUGUAUAUCAUGCAAAAUAAGCAGUUUCUAACUUUUGAGUCUGUCGACGAGAUCCUAUGGCAUGACCACAUUCAAAUGAGACCUCUUUAGCACAACCUUUCACCUCGUUAUAUUUAUUUUUGUUCGGUAGAAUUUGAUAAAGUUAAUGAAAUUUGGUUUUGAUCAAUAGUUAACCCAGGUUUACUGAUGUACCGUAAAAUUCCGAAAAUAAGCCCCUCCAUGUAUAAGCCCCUCCAAAUGUAAGCUCUUCAAACUCGUAACGCAAAAAACCCUCCGUUAAAUCGCCCCUCCAAAUAUGAGCCCCCCGGGGGCUUGUACAUAGAAAUUGCCCUCAAAUACAAAGUAAAACAAAGCAAAAACGGAAAAUUUCCCUCUAACUAUAAGGCUAGCCCAAUCGAUUUUCAAACGCAAAUUUCGCUCUGUAUAUAAGCCCCUCCGAAUAUAAGCCCCUCAAAAAGGGCCUUUGAAAAAUGUAAGCCCCGGGGAUUAUUUUCGGAAUUUUACGGUUUUCAUUUUGUGUUCUCUUCUAUCACUCAGAAAUGUGACAAUGCACUGACUUCAACUGCAGCUUCAGAAUGCCUUUCUCAAUUCAGUACAUUGUUAGGGCCAUCAAUAUUAAGAGGACGGAUAGAGAUGCACAACCCAAGGUAA